GCCGCCGCGCUGGGCUCGGCCAGGCACCGGGAAGAGGAACUGGGCUUUGCACUGCCGGGUCGGGGCAGCACAGCGCCGGGCACCGGGCGGCACCGGGCCCCCCGCCGGGAGGGAUGGGGCGGGGGAGAGGCGCUGGGGGCGAGGACGGGCCUUUGCAUCCCCCCCGCACCCCUCUUGCGGCCCCUCUGCUCCCCGCUGCGUCCCCCCCCGCAUCCCCCCCGCUCCUUCCUGCUGCUGCAAGGGGACGUGCUUGCCAGGGCUGCCUGCUUGCGGGGUGUUUGCGGGGUGCGUGCUUGAAAUAAAGGCCCCCCUCCCUGCCCGCAGAGCCCCCCAUCCCCUGCCCCGAGCCCCCCCCCUCCACCAUGAUUUUGCUGAGCAGCUUCUUGCACCUGCGGCCUCGGCGCUGCGGCCCCUGGGCAGGGCUGGGCAGGGGGCUCGGCCCCACAGCGGGGUCCCGCAGGGCUCUGCGGGUGCUGGUGGACAUGGACGGGGUGCUGGCCGACUUCGAGGGAGGCUUCCUCAAGAAGUUCAGGGCCAGGUACCCCGACAAGCCCUACAUUGCCCUGGAGGACCGGAGGGGCUUCUGGGUGUCGGAGCAAUACGGGCGCCUGGGACCUGAGCUGAGUGAGAAAGCCAUCAGCAUCUGGGAAUCCAAGAACUUCUUCAUCGAGCUGGACCCACUCCCCGGAGCUGUGGAAGCUGUAAAGCAAAUGGCAAAUUUGGCAGACACCGACGUGUUCAUCUGCACAAGCCCGAUCAAGAAGUACCGCUACUGCCCUUACGAGAAGUACGCCUGGGUGGAGAAGCACUUCGGCCCCGAGUUUCUUGAGCAGAUCGUUUUGACGCGAGACAAGACGGUGGUUUCUGCUGACCUGCUUAUAGACGAUAGACCUGAUAUAACAGGGGCUGAGCUGAACCCCAGCUGGGAGCAUGUGCUCUUCACGGCCUGCCACAACAAGCACCUGCAGCUGAAGCCUCCCAGCCGCCGGCUGCAGUCCUGGACCGACGACUGGAAGGCCAUUCUGGACAGCAAACGCCUGCCACCUGGCCAGGCCACCUAAACACCAGCCUCCCACAGCCAGCCCAGGCUGCAGCCAGCCGUUCGUGUCCAUGUGGAGUCCUGCUGAAGGCUGAAACCACGGACAGACAGACAGACACUGUGCCUACUACAGAGAGGAAGAGGAGGGUGAGCUGAAGAGCCACAGCCACCCAGACCCAGAGAGCAGACCCCAGCCUGGCCAUGCCACAAGGGACCAGCAGCAGGAUUGCCCCUGUGGACCUGGCAGCUCAGCUGGGGGGCAUUUUCCACUGGCUCCUGGGGUCUCAGUGCUGCAUCUGCACCCCCUGCAAGGCCACCCUGGCAUUUCUGAUGGACAAGGUCACCCCCAGCAUGUCACUGCCCUUGUCAGUGCACUGCAUGGCACAGACCAGCUCUCCAUCCUCCUCUCCGCAUUAUGUUGGGGAUCAUGUGCAUGGUUUGUUUUGCCCUCGCAGGGCUUCAUACAGAGGAGACAUCCCCCCGGCCUGUGCUGGGUCUGGGGAGAGGGGCAGCUGGAAGGGCAGGGGGAGCAGGUGGACACUGCCCAGACUCUCUGCACGGACUCAGCUGCACUGUUCCUUGCAGCUGAUGAAACCCGACAGCUACAUGCUUCCCCGCAGGAAGUCCCUGCAGCAGGAUACAGGGACAGUACCACUCCUCCCGUGGAUCUGGCUGUGGAGAGCAAGCCCUGAGGCAAUGUCACACCCAAGAUAUAGCCAUCUUCCAAUUGGCAGGAGGAAUCCCCACUUGCCCUCAUCCCUGAGGAGCUGCCGCAGCUUUAGAGCUGAGACUUUAUGAAGAGAGGGGCUCUUCUCCCGUGCUCAUUACUCCUGGGCUGCUUGCCCAGGGCAUCUCUGGGGCAGCAAGCAGGCAGUGGCGGCACCAGCCUUUCCUAGGAGCCAGGUAGUCCCUGGGGGUGCUUAUGGCUCACCCUGCCAGCCAGCGAUCGGACAGUUGCUCCUUGGAUUUGAAAAGCAGGAAGGUCUGCACAGACAGGCUGCAUGGUCACAUCACCUCAUCUCCCUCCUCCUGGUAGCAUCUGACAUCAGCCUGCCGGGAAAGCUCUGGGUGUGCAUCUGCCAGGCACCCUGCUUCCACACAGAAGGUCCUGGGUGCUGCAUGCCACCAGGGUCUGGCACAGAGAUGGUCAGUGUCACAGAGCUGCCUGAGAAGAUGCUGCUGUGUGGGGAUGUGGGGCUGGUGGAGGAGCUACAGAGUUGCUGAGAAGUGGGUAAAGCAGACAUACCGUGGGUGUCCAGAGGGCAGGCUGAGGGUUGUGCUGGUGGAGGACUGUCACGGCUGCAGCCGUGGAUGCUGGUUUCAGUCCUCACGUACUGUAAGGGAAGAAGCAGAGGGGAUGUUGCUCUUGAAGGCUGGGGAAGCCCAGCAGAGGGGCCUAUGAGGCUGUAGCAUUGGGUUUGUUCUGCAGAUGCCUGCCACUGUCACUGUCCCAGCUCUGGAUGUCUGGGGACGGAGCGUGCUGCUGGCCCUGCUUGCCUUCUGCUGGGACCCCUGUGGCCGAGGUGUUUGGCCACCUGGCUGGUGUGAAGGGGCUGCAGCAUGUGGCUGUCAGAGCCAGCCACCACUGCCAGAUGGCUCUGCUGGGGCUGCUGAGCUCUGGGAGCAGCCAGCACUGCUGGGGAGCUGCAGCUGGACACUGAAAAGGGAGCGUUUGGACCAAGAGACAGCUCCAAGAGGAAUGCUUUUUGCAUAGCUGUGCCCACAGCCUCUUCCUGCCCUGCCUGGCCUGUUCCUGCCUCCCUGAGCCCACACCAGUCCUGCCCUGAACUGCAGCUCUGCCUGGCCCCAGAGAAGAGACAUCCCAGCUGCUGGGGAGAGCCGGUGUCCCCCCGCUGCCCGUGGCACUGCCGUAAGGCAGGUAUAGCCUGGCUGUUCCAAGCAGGAGCCAGUGCUGGGCUGCCAGCAAAGCCCCAGGGAUGUGCUGGGUGCAUCAGAGCUGGCAUGCAGCACUGCUGGCACCACAGAGGCUCUGUGGCCCCUGCUCCUGCCAUGCUGUCUGGGAUCCCACUGCAUGUCUCUGCUCUUCUGGCCCAAGGACUUGCUGGCUGCAGGAGAAGAAUUCCCCACUGAGACAUGUAGCCCCAUGGGCAGCGGCGGUAGCCAGGGCUCAGCCAGGGUUAGCCACCCCAUGCUGCUUGCUCCUGCCUUUGGUUUGCCUCUCUCUCCUAUGGGCCCCCAUCAGCACAGCAAAACAACUGUGUGAGCUUAAAGCUACAUAGCCAACAAAUAGCCUAUUUCAGCAGUGGCAGCGGCCUCCCACCAUGUCCAGGACACAGAGGGGCUACUGAAGGUGGUGCUUUUGAACCUGUGCCUUCCCCAGCUGCUGCAGCACCAGGGAUGGAGCCUGCAUCAUCUCCCAUCUUUCUGAAAACCAUCCUGUCUCUUGGGAUGGGACGUGUCUGUAAAGACAGCAUGGUUGGCCCAUGGUGCUGGGAGUGACAUACCACAAGCAUUUUUUUUUUUUUUUUUUUUUUUUUUUUACACCACCACCCCUGUUUAAAGCACUGUGUACGUUGCUGAGUGGUGGGCUUGGUUUGGGGGUGUAUUUGGGAGGGAUGUUUGCAAUAUGCAGCCCCCUGGCCAAGAGCCACCUUGGCUGGAGGGUUUGCAAGCAGGGAGCUGAGAUGCUACGCGAGGACCAUGGGCAACCACUAUGGCUGCUGAGCAUCACAUACCCCUGGGCUCUGCUGGAGCCCCACCAGCUACCAGCCCCUUCAUGCAGCUAGGAUGGCCUCAUGGGGUCCAAGCUGUUUCUUUUCCCAGCAGCACCAUGUAAAAACAACUUGCCAAAGCUCUCCAGAGCCUUCUUGCUGCCCAUCCUCAAGCCAAAACUGGAGCUGGUACAUUGCUACAGCAGCUGCUUCUUCCCCCAAGGCUGGGGCAGAGCUGAGGGAUGCGGGUCUUUGGGGGCCAGCAGGUAUUUCCCCCUUGGUGGAACAUGUGAUACCAGAGAGACCAUGUGAGUUCAUGCCAAAUGUACUUGAAAGCAGAGCUGGAGUUUCUCAUGCGUGAGGCUCUGACUCGAUGCACAGAAAUCCCGAGCAGGUAGCUGGCCUGUUUGCUCCCACCAAGCUCAGGACUGGGAGAUGGCUCUCCAUCGCCCAAAGGAUCAGCCCUUUCAGUGUUCAAGCCCUUCUGUGGCCAGCUAAGAUGUGCAGAGCUUUUAUUUUUAAAUGCACAUCUAAAAACUGAGGCUGAUGAGGAGAUUGCAAUAAACACUGGAUUUUAUUGGCAUCCAGCUUCUUAGAAAUGAAAUUUGGGUCUUGCAGUUUCCCACCUGUGGCUCUGCCCUCAGCAUGGGGAUGGAGGGGUUCACCUCCACGCUUGGGAAACUCCCCUUGCUCAAAAAGCCUGGACCCAGCCCUGCUGCCCUGGCAGUGCCGGUCCCCUGUUAGAUGCUCUGUGGGCAGAAGUAAAGCUGAGGGAUGGUUUUGGUAGCAAUCAGCUUCCUAAAGAUCUUUUGUAAUAAACAAAGCUGUGAGGUGUGUCUCCUGUUGGGCUACAGAGCAGAUGCUAUAAAAGGGACUGGAACCGUCAUGGGCUGGCUCUCCCCAGGGUUUCCUACCUUGUCC